UUUCCCAGCAACAACCACUCUCCACGAUGAAGCUUUUUGCCUCGACGCUCCUCCUCGCCGCCGCCGUCUCCAACGUUGACGCGCACGGCCGCAUGGUGUUCCCGCCUCACCGCGGCUACAUCGGCAAGCUGCCCCAGUUCAAGGACCUCGUCCCCAUCAACUACAGCGACAACGGCUUGAGCGCCGGUGGCAUUGGUGCCACGUCCGGUGGCAAGCACGGUGUGUGCGGCGACCCGUACAACGGCGCGCGCGCUCACGAAUCCGGCGGCACCUAUGGUCUCUUCCCGACCCACGGGUCCAAGGUCGUUGGCGCCUGCUUCGCGCCCGGCGCCACCAUGGACCUCAACAUCCAGAUCACGGCCAACCACAAGGGCUACUUUGAGUUUGGUCUCUGCAAGCUCAACGGCAAGGGCGACAAGGAGACCGAAGAGUGCUUCCAGUCGCUGACGCAGCCCAACGGCGACAAGCAGUGGCAGCUCCCCGCGGGUGCCGACUUUUUCAAGAUGCAGUACAACUUGCCCAAGGACGUCAAGUGCGACGGCGACUCGCACUGCGUGCUUCGCUGGUGGUAUGUCGGCUGGAACAACCCAGGCGUCGACAUCAACGGCCAGGAGCAGUUCUGGAACUGCGCCGACAUCUACAUUAGCGACACGUGCGGGUCGGACCCGAAGCCGUCGCCGAGCAGCCAGAACCCGACGCCCGCGCCGAGCUCGGACAAGCCCACGAAGGCUCCGGUCACGGACAAGCCGACGCCGGUGACGGACAAGCCGACGAAGAAGCCGACCCCGACCGACAAGCCGUCGACCAAGCCUACAAGCAAGCCCUCCAUCAAGCCGACCGACAAGCCGACGGCCAAGCCUAUCUCUGGUGGUGGCAAGAAGGCGUGGGAGCAGUGCGGCGGCAAGGACUACACGGGCAGCACCGAGUGCGUUGGCGGCAGCAUCUGCGUCACGCAGGACGAGUGGUACUCGCAGUGCGUGCCCAAGCGCCUGCGCUAAAAUAUUUGUCGCGCCCAGUAGUAGAACAUAUACUAGAAUUACCGUUGUGUAUAAUCAAUUCAUCGCCAUAUUGGUUUAACCCA